AAGAUAAUUCGUUGUAGUUCAAGAUGAAUUUCCAAUAUUUAGAACUCUUCGUUUUCCUUUAAAAUGGUCUUAACAAAAUCGUAUCUGCGUUACGUCGAAGCUGGAAUAUUUGGCGUAGUGGGAAGUGCUAGAGCUAAUUUGUGUCUUGUUCAAAGUGGCGAGAAAAGACGUGAAAUUUGCCGCGCGAUUGUUCCCGCACUAGAAAAUGUAUAUAUUUGGGACGCUAGACUUGGCGAAAAAGUGAAUGUCUUACAAGGUAACAAGAGCGAAGUGACAUGUCUCUGCCUCAGUCCUGACUCUGAACAUCUUGCUGUUGGGUAUGGCGAUGGUGUCAUCAGAAUUUGGAAUAUAAAUAAUGGUACAUCCUCAGUGACAUUUAGUGGUCACAAGACAGCAGUUACAGCUCUUAACUAUGAUUAUACUGGUGUCAAAUUGGUGUCUGGAUCAAAGGAUACAGAUGUGAUUGUUUGGGAUAUAAUUAAUGACUCAGGAAUGUUCAGACUUAAAGGUCAUAAAGGAAUGGUGACUUGUUGUCGGUUUCUUCAUUUUCAAAAUGUUCUUAUAACUAGUUCCAAAGACACUUUUGUGAAAUUUUGGGAUCUUGAUUCACAGCAUUGUUUUCUUACCUUGGUUGGUCAUAAAACAGAGGUUUGGGGCUUUGUCGUCGUCAAGAAUGAAACAAGGUUAAUUACUAGUUGUGCUGAUAGUGAAUUGAGAGUUUGGAAAAUUGAGGACAAAGAUGAUAGAACAGAAAAACGCGACGAAACGAGAAAACGAAAGACAGCAACGCAAUCUAGCGAGGAUGGUGUAGGGGAAAUAGAGGAAUUGCUUUCGUGUACAAUAAUUGGCUCUGUCAUGAAAAGCUCAACUGAUCGCGUAGUGUCGCUGUAUUGCGAUCUUUCACGAACUUAUAUUGGCUGUCAUGGUGCUAAUUCUACGUUAGAAAUGUUUCGUCUUGCAUCAGAAGACGAAAUAAAAAAACGCUUGGCAAAGAGACGAAAAAAGAUUUUAAAGAAGCAAAGAUCACAAGGAUUGGAAGCCGACGAGCUGACGGUUUCUGAAAACGUCUUAGCCACCGUCGAAGACGAGAUUAUAAAAUUACCCGAUGUUAAAGCGACCUCAAAGAUAAGGUCAUUUGACUUUGCAUUGAAUUCAAAUAAUGAUCUAAAGAUUUCAUUAUUACUACACAACAACAGCGUAGAGUUUCAUGUCUUCAGUGAAGAAAAGAAAGAUUCAACUAAUAUACUUUCCAUAAAGACACCUGGUCAUCGUAGUGAUGUAAGGACUUUGUCAUUCAAUUCUGACGAUUCCUGCAUCCUCUCUGGCGCAGCUGAAAGUGUUAAAUUGUGGAACAGAUCGACUCAGAAAUGCAUCAGAACAAUGUCUUCUGGUUAUUGUCUAAGUUCGUUUUUUGUACCUGGUGACAGACACGUUGUUGUUGGUACUAAGGCUGGCAAACUCCAAAUAUUUGACGUUUCGUCUGGUUCAUUGCUUGAAACUGUGGACGCACACGAUGGUGCUAUUUGGUCGUUGUGUUUAGCUCCCGAUAAUACGCUAUUCGCCUCAGGAAGUGGUGACAAGGAUGUAAAAUUUUGGGAAUUUGAUUUGAUUACGGAUGAGAACUAUUCAACGACCAGUCAAAGAUUAAGUAUUUGUCAUGCACGAACAUUAAAAAUGAAUGAUGACGUAAUGUGUGUAAAGUUCAGUCCAAAUCAAAAGUUUAUUGCCGUGGCUUUGCUUGAUUUUACAAUGAAAAUUUUCUUCACUGAUACAUUGAAGUUCUUCCUAUCCCUCUAUGGUCAUAAAUUACCUGUUGUUACCAUGGAUAUAUCAACGGAUAACGUUCUCCUCGUUUCUGGUGGCGUUGACAAGAACAUUAAGAUUUGGGGUUUGGAUUUUGGUGAUUGUCGAAAAUCAAUAUUCGCCCAUGAUGACAGUGUCAUGGCCGUGCAGUUCGUGCCGAAAACUCAUUAUUUCUUCAGUGCAAGUAAAGAUAAAACGAUAAAAUAUUGGGACGCUGACAGAUUUCUUCAUGUUACGACCUUAGAAGGUCAUCAUUCAGAAAUAUGGAGUCUUGCAAUCAGCCAUGACGGCGAGUUUGUUAUCAGUGGGUCACAUGAUAAAUCAUUAAGACUCUGGGAACGAACGGACGAACCGUUGUUUGUCGAAGAGGAGAGAGAAAUGGAGAGGGAAGCUGCUUACGAAGAAAGCGCCGUAACAGGAGUUGAAACAAUUAUUCCAGGUGAACAAGACACAGAAGCUGUUAAAGCUGGCAAGAAAACUAUCGAGACGAUCAAAGGAGCUGAAAGAAUCAUGGAGGCCAUUGAAUUGUAUAAGGAAGAAAGACAGAAAGAACUUGAACAUAAAGCGAGUCAAGUGACGAAAGACAAAACGCUUCCAAAGCGCGCCAUUCAUCCGAUUCUUUCUGUCUUUGGUAAUGUCAGUCCUGUACAGUAUGUACUUCUAGUGGUGAAAAAAGUAAAGUCAAGCGAACUUGAAGAAUCAUUGCUUGUGUUACCGUUUGACUAUGUUAUUGAUGUACUGAAACUUCUUCUUGAGUGGAUUAAGAAUGGUUGGGAAACAGAGUUAAGUUGUCGAUGUCUGUUCUUUCUACUGCGAAUACAUCACAACAAGAUCAUAGCCACUCCUGAACUACUGCCAGUAAUAGACUCUAUCAGAUCACAUUGUCGUAGCCGAGUUCGCGAAAUGAAGGAUACUGUUGGAUUCAAUUUGGCGGGACUACAGUUUAUUCAAAGACAGCUUUAGAAUCGUGACGUCACCUUCUUUGGCGAAACACGCGAGAGACUGGGACAAAUACGAAAAAAAAAGAAGACAAUUGUGAGGAAAUUUCGAUGAAGGUUAUUUUGUUGUUGAUACUUUGACAACUAAAACGAUUGUCUUUGAAAGUACACAAUGGCUGAGGUUGAUUUCUGAAUAUAGCCAUCUUCGAAGAUCCCUAACCCAAACUGUAUCCCUAGAGGGAAAACCUAAAAUCCCCGUGUGCCCUUUAAAUUACAAUUUUCGUGAACAGUACACGUUUAAAUUUUGCAUGAUUCAGCAGUUUUUGAUACUGGAUCAGGCUUAAAAGCCAUAGAAAGGAAUUUCGAUCUUGGUAUUUUUAAAACUAAAUAAUGGGCUAGCCAGACAUGGACAAUCAAAUGAGUCUUUUACUUCUAUGACAUUAAAAUACACUUUUUACGCCUCUAAUUGUAGCUCCCAGCUACAUAAAUAAUCAGUAAGCAAACUGAUUUCAGAAAAGUUAAAUUUAAAUGAAAGUGAGAUCAUCAAAAACAACAUCACAACUAUCGAUGAAUACCUCCAUCGAAUGAAAAUAUAGAAUUAAAAUAAGUUAUUACAUUACGUAAAUUGCAUAUUUCUCAGUUAUUAAAAAGAAGAGUGUCACAAAAAUUAAGGAGUAAUUCCAACUAUAAACAGGAAGAAAUAAUGAAUCGAUUAACAAUUAUCAAGCAAUUCACCCAUCUACAAUACUUAUGAACAAAAAAUGUAUUUUAUGAGUUACCAAAAUGAAUACAGGAAAAACUGCAUCCUCAUAUGGCAAAGUAGUCUUCUGGUCAUUUCAACAUUCAACAAAAGGGAUGUAAAAUUGUCAUGGUUCCUCUAAGAUAUGGAUUUACUCUCAUGAAAAUGACGCAACAAACACUCCACUCAUUUUAAGGAGCUUUACAACUUCAGACUAAAUAUUUAGAUAAAUAUAUAGAUAGAUAGAUUACAAACUUACUAUUCUUAUAUACACUGUAAAGUUCCGUACAAGUUUCUCAGCUAACAGAAAUAACUGUUCCAGUAAAUAAAUGACUACUGAAAACUAGAAAAUACAAAUGUUUGUAUUGAUGAUUAUCAAGAAUAUAUUUACACUUUUUUUUAUACAAUUGUUGUUGUU